AUGCUGUACCUCACAUCGGAUCAUUUGCCCGUCUUUGUGCCACUAGGCGUCAUCGGCUUCUACCGUUACUUGUGGUUCGUCAUCCGACUGCUAGCAUGGGCCUCCUAUCGCCCCAUACCACUGCCUGCAGAGCGCACCUAUACACCCGAGCGCGAUGUCACCAUCAUCGUGCCCACAAUCGAUACGGAGCAAAGCCUCGCCCGAGCCGCCCUUACUUGGUUGGCCAACCGUCCGUACCAGAUCAUCAUCGUCACCGAGAACUCCCGUGUAGAGGCCAUGCAAGAGAUGGCUGGUCAGAUCCAGCAGACCUGGCAGCAUGUCCAGUCGAGCGCGUCCGCAGCUGUCGACAUCAAACCUGAGGCGGACGGAAAGGAACCGUCGACGCAGAUCUCGGUGCUCUCGAUCGACAGGGCAAACAAACGUCUCCAGAUGGCUCACGGCAUAGCCGCUGCAUCGACAGACAUUGUCGUCUUUUCAGAUGAUGACGCGCUCUGGCCGAGACACAUGCUUGACCACAUCUUAGCUUGCUUCGAGCAUGCGUCUAUUGGCGGUGUUGGCACCUCCCAGGUCGUCAAGUCGGUCGGCAACCACAUGACAGUCUGGGAAGUCUUGGCUGCUUUCCGUCUGUCGAUCCGCAACAUAGAGAUCUCCGCUUCGACUCACAUCGAUGGCGGUGUGCCGUGCCUGUCAGGUCGCACUGCUGCCUAUCGUACCGAGAUACUCAAAGAUCCGGAAUUCCUGCGUGAAUUCACCAAUGAGCUCUGGCUGGGCAAAUACCCGCUCAAUUCUGGCGAUGAUAAGUUCCUCACUCGCUGGAUGGUCAGCCAUGGCUGGAAGACUUAUGUCCAAUGCUCUUCCGCCACAGAACUCCAGAGUACGAUGAGACCCGACUGGCGCUUUCUCAAGCAAGUCUUGCGAUGGACGCGAAACACCUGGCGAUCGGAUUUCAAGUCUGUCUUUGUCGAACGCUACAUCUGGUCUCGCCAUCCUUACACGACGUAUACCAUGAUUGACAAAUUUCUCAAUCCAGUCACACUUUGGAUCGGUCCUUGCCUUGUCAUCUAUCUCUGCAUAAAGAGCAAGCGAGAUCCAGGGCCUGACGCCUAUCACCUGCCGACCUGGAACAUCCUCAUAUCGUAUCUUGUCUGGUUGCACAUCACCCGCACUGCUAAGCUCAUACCCCAUCUGUACCGGCACCCAACACAUCUGAUUUAUGUCCCCGUCUGGCUCAUCUUUGGCUACUACUUCGCAGCCAUGAAGAUCUAUGCGCUCUUCACUUUGCACGAGGUGGCUUGGGGCACCAGGCACUCUGAAAAUGACGACGCGGCUCCUCAAUCAGUCCAGCUAGCUCACGAACUGACCGCAAGCGAAGAGAGUCCCAUCGAAUUAACGGACACUGCUACUUUUCGAGGGAUAUGA